GGCAGCGGAAGCCUGCGCGGCGCCUGGCGAGAGCCGGCGGCUGGGGCUGCUAUUCGGCAAGUAAGCCAUUUUUCAUGCCAGCACUUUACCUGAAUUGCUUCCCUCCAGGAACAUCUGUCUGAAGACUGAAAAGCGCUUUUUUCUUACGGUUCAGAUGACAUCUGGGGGAGGGGAGACAUCAUGGUGAGUUUGUUGGUGAACCAAAACUACAUGGAAAGCUUGCGGAAGGACAUCACGGACCUCCAAGGGACUGUCAUUAGCGUGUUCUCCCACGCUGGAGCGGUGCGCUUUCCUUCCUGGAAAUUUCCAGAUAAAGUCUCCUGCGACUUGGACUUGGUGGCUUUGAUGGGACAAUAUGACUUUGUGGAGAACGACCCUGAAUUUACGCAGCAUUCACACGUGGUUCUUCUGGAACUAGUGAUCGACAGGCUUCUGUUGCUGCUCCAGAGUGUCACGGGAUACACCGAGAGCCUCAUCAGCGAAGAAGCUGUGCCCUCCUCCCGGGCGAUAGGGCCCUCCAUGUCUAUCGGGCUGACCGUAAGGAAGUACUGGAACAGCAUGCUGAAGCUGGGUGCCCUUUACCAACAGCUGGUGGCCGAGAAAAAAUAUACCAAAGAUGCUUCUAAUCUAAAAAUUUCCUUCCGGGCCACGAAAGCCGAGAACGAGCAUUCGAAAAGCGUUUCUCCCGAGUCGGAUGUGACUUUGCCCACCUUUCAGUCUUCUCCGUUAACCUCUUCCGCCGGCAGCCGGCUGCUGGACAAUGACUUCAGUGCCCGCUUAGAUCCUUUGGUUAGCCUGCCUGGCCGGAGUGUCCACUCCCAGACCAUUGAAAGCUCCCUGGUGCCCUGCGAUGCCUGCGAAAGCACCCAGGUUAGCCUGCAGGAAGUGGGCAAGGCAAUCAUCGACCUCUGCGGCACCUUGAACAUUUCAUCUUCCCUGGGCAAGUUCCUGAAGAUGGUGGAGGAAAGACUCGGGGGCAAGCUGCUGACGGCCGUGGAUGUCGGCUACUGGGCCACCGAGCAGAGCAAGGACCUUUCCCGCAUCAACAAGCACAUCCAGAUGUUGAUGGGACUCAUCAACCCUUUGAAGGGAGAACUGGAGGAGUUUGAGAAGCAGAAGAACGAGCUGAAGAAGCAGCUGGAGAACCUGGACGGUUGUCUGCAGAAGGAGAAGGAGGCCAAGAGGCAACAGAGGGAGGAGACGGAGCAGCUCUUACAAAAGAAGGAGAGGGAAAGCCAGCAACUGACGGCCAAGCUGCAGAAGGCCAAGGAGGACCUCGGAGACCGAGCCGUUUCCCUGGAGAUGAGUCUCUCCACCCUGAAAGAAAAGCUGAAGGUACAGGAAAGCACCAUCCAGGAAUUGGAACAGGCCCGGAAGGACCUGCAGCAGGAGAUGGAGUCCAAGAUGGUGGAUAAGAGCGAAGUAGACCGACGGGAGGAGCAGCUGAAGGCCCUGAGCGGCCAGCUGGAGAGAGUGGAGCAGCAGCUGAACUGGACCACCCUGGAGCUCAACAAAGAGAGGGCCAGAGGGGACAGCAUGCUCCAGCACCAGGAGUCCCUCCAGGCCAAGCAACAGAACCUGAUGCAGCAGCUGGACAGCCUGGACCAGGAAUGCGAGCAGCUGAAGUCCACCGUGGCCGAAGAGGAAGAUGACAACCAGCGGAUGAGGGAGAGGCUGAAGGAGAUCCAGGAAGAAAAGUGGGAGAUUCAAGGCCGGCUGGAGACCCAGAAGGACUUCUGCUGUAGAAUUCAGAAAGCUUGCAAGGUGACCUGCACCGCUCUCUCCACCCAGAAGCUCACCGAGAAACUGAGGCAGGAGAAGCAGACCCUGGAGCAGUCUGCCUCCGAGCUGCAGAGGACCAUCUCGGAGCUGGGAGAGCUGAUCCACGAGAUGAAGGAGAAGGAGAAGCUUUUGGUCUUCUUCCCAGACCUUCACAUCCCCGUCGAGACCCGGUUCGAAAUCUCCGGGAACGUCAUGGAAGACAUGGGGAAACAGCUGCAGGCCAACAACAUCCGCAUCAGCAUCCUGGAGGAAGAGAACGCCCGUCUCCGAAACGCUAUAGCCAGAAUCAAAGAGCCGGCCCAGCAGGAGACACAGAAGUUUGUCCUUCCAACCCAGCUGUGGAUCCGGUCGGCCGAAAAACCGGGGCCUCAAGACGGCGCGAUGCCGCCUCCCGUGGGGUACCCCGGAGCGUCUGGCGUUCAGGGACAGAUUUCCAGGUCUCCGACAAACAGCGGCCCCGCGGCAAGCGCCUCGCGACACAGACCUCCCAACCACCCCGUGUCCUACACUCCUGCCCCGCAGUGGAGUUCCAGCAACCAGCUGCCCAAGGCCCCCUUGGGCCCCGCUCCGUUCAACCUUUUCUACAAGGAGACCGUAAGCAGCCCUUACGCCCAGGCCAAAGGGAAGGGCCGCCAGCCCCCGCCAGGCCACUGUACCCGCAACCACCAGAAAUAAAAAAGAGAAGCGCGCCCAAGGAGGGCUCCAGG